AUGUGUGGUAGCCCCAAUCCAAUCCCUGCAAGGCUCUUCCUAUACAUCGUCUUUUGCCAGCUGAGUUUGGCAGGCGAGAGGAGUCAUCAGGAUCGGAAUGAGAAUCUGAAUCGGCAUCAGGACCAGCACCAGUUGACAGGCCAGACACCAAAGGGGCAAAGUUUGCUUGGGUCGUUAGCUGCUCAAAACAAUCCUCCUUAUAGCUUUGUAAUCUGCGUACGAAGCAGUUGGGACCCGUCGCCGCAGGCUCCGCCCUCCCAGCUCUCCACCAUACCACUCCCUUUUUUCGUCAAAGAGGCAGAACACCCCAAGGAAAUAGGAAGAAUUGCUAGAGGAAGAUAUGAAGCAAUGGGUAUGGUAAAGGAUAUGGACACCCAUUUUUCAGCCCACAUUCGUAUCCUUGCAUUUGCAUGCAUCCUGGUCGCGACAUGUGCGAGGCAGUGAAGGAAGAGGAAACGGAAUAGCCAUCUUCCAAUCUCCUUACAAGAGGUACAUCAGCUUUAUAUAGGAGGCUUUCACAUCCUAGCG